AUGGGUGAAGAAACUGGUGAGGAAUCGAAAGCUAGCAUCGGCAAAGCAAUCGAAGCAAUCUCUUCUUUGAUUUCACUCUCUCACUCAAUCAAAUCCUUCAACGUCAAAUGGCAACUCAUAAGAACAAAACUCCAAGAGCUUUACUCUGGUCUCGCAGCUCUGCAGAAUCUCGAUUCCGGAUUCGACCCAUCUCUCUCAAGCUUAAUCUCCGCUAUUCUCGCUUCUCUACGAGACUGCUACGAUCUCGCGACUCGUUGCGUUAACGUCUCUUACAGUGGGAAGCUCCUGAUGCAGAGCGAUUUAGAUGUUGUUGCCGGGAAAUUCGACCGGCACACGAGGAAUCUGUCUCGGAUUUACUCAGCUGGAAUUCUCAGUCAUGGUUUCGCGAUCGUUGUUUCGAAGCCUAAUGCUAAUGCUUGUAAAGAAGACAUGAGGUUUUACAUUAGGGAUUUACUCACGAGGAUGAAGAUUGGAGAUCUGGAGAUGAAGAAACAAGCUUUGAUUAAGCUUAAUGAAGCUAUGGAAGAAGAUGAUAGAUAUGUUAAAGCUGUGAUUGAAAUCAGCGAUAUGGUUAAUAUCCUUGUUGGGUUUCUUGAUUCUGAGAUUGGGAUUCAACAAGAAUCUGCAAAAGCUGUGUUUUUUAUCUCUGGAUUUGCUUCUUACAGAUCUGUUUUGAUCAGAUCGGGUGUGAUUGGUCCUCUUGUUAGGGUUCUUGAGAAUGGGGAUGAUGUUGGUAGAGAAGUGUCUGCAAGGUGUUUGAAGAAAUUAACAGAGAAUUCAGAGAAUGCUUGGUCUGUCUCUUCUCAUGGAGGAGUCUCGGCAUUGCUAAAGAUAUGUUCUUGCGGCGAAUUCGGAGGCGAAUUGAUCGCUAGCUCGUGUGGAGUGUUGAGAAAUCUCGUCGGUGUUGAAGAAAUCAAGAGGUAUAUGAUCGAAGAAGACGACACGAUGACCACUUUCAUCAAGCUUAUUGGAUCAAAAGAAGAGAUUGUUCAGGUAAAUUCUAUUGAUCUAUUGUUAAGUGUGUGUUCUAAAGACGAACAAACCCUCGAAAUAUUGGUUAGACAAGGAGGAAUCCAGGAGCUAGUGAGUGUAUUGUCAGAUCCUAAUUCGUUGUCCUCUUCGAAAUCUAAGGAGAUAGCAUUAAGAGCAAUUGAUAACUUAUGUUUCGGUUCCGCCGGUUGUUUGAAUACACUGAUGAGUUGCAAAUUCUUGGAUCAUUUGCUGUAUCUGCUAAGAAACGGGGAGAUUUCUGUUCAAGAAUCGGCCUUGAAGGUCACGUCUAGGCUAUGUAGUUUACCAGAAGAGGUUAAGAGGAUAAUGGGAGACGUGGGUUUUAUGCCUGAGUUGGUUAAAUUUCUUGACGCCAAAUCUUUAGAUGUAAGAGAAAUGGCGAGUGUAGCGCUCUACUGUUUGAUCUCGGUUCCAAGGAACAGGAAGAAGUUUGCGCAAGACGACUAUAACAUUAGCUACAUUCUCAAGUUGCUAGACCAUGAAGACGGAAGCAAUGUGAGCAGCGAUUCAGGUAACACAAAGUUCUUGAUAUCGAUAUUGAUGUCUUUAACGAGCUGUAAUAGCGCGAGAAGAAAGAUUGCGGCUUCAGGGUAUUUGAAAAACAUAGAGAAGCUAGCAGAAACUGAAGGCUCAGAUGCUAAGAAACUUGUGAAGAAGCUAUCUAAGAACAGAUUCCGUAGCAUACUUAGUGGUAUUUGGCAUUCCUAA